GGCGCCUUCUGGGGUCUGAUCAUCAGCACGGGCGUUGGUAUUGUGCGGAUGGUGUUGGAAUUCGUCUACCCAGGCCCGCCGUGUGGGAGUCUGGAGGUGGACAAUAGGCCCUCUGUAUUGACCGAAGUCCACUUUCUGCAUUUCGCCAUCAUCAUCUCAGCUGUUUCUGUCAUAUCUACCGUGAUCAUCUCUUUGAUGACCGAGCCGAGACCGCCAGAGAAGCUGCGCAGGGUCACGUGGUGGACUCGUCUCGACGACCUUGACCCUGAAGAGACGGACUCGGAAGACGACUUUGGCGUGGACGAGGACGAAGUGCCAGAUGCCUCACACGAUGAGAAUAAAAAGCAAAGGGGCGUGGCCUACACGAUGUACAAGUGGAUGUGCGGAGUCAGCGACACGCCCCGCCCCAAACUCAGCCCGGAAGAGAAACUCGCGAUCAAACGGAAGAUGACGGAUAUCCGGGAAAAGCCAUCGGUGCAGACGAUGCUGGCAGUGGUAGCCAUUAUACUGGCAACAGUUUGUACGUUUCUACUGGGAUUUUUUCACUGAUAUCUGGCCCUGUCUCAAGACUUCCGAAGAUUUGUGCGUGUGCGUGUAUGUGUACGUGUUUAUGUGCUUUUUUUUUUUUUUGGGGGGGG